AUGUUUACCUAUCAAUUCCUCUUCAUCGCUGUAAUCAGUCAAGCAGCGCGGAGUGCUCUUGCGAUCAGCUGCUAUCCGAAAACCCUCGUGAACAAGGCGGAGUGUCACGAAGCGAUCAAACAAAUUGUCUAUCGUGAGGAUAGUCGCCUUGGUACGGAGUCCAAGCAUUUUGGAUACGAGUUCAAAGAUUGCAGUAUCAUCCUCAGAAACCCGAAUGGUGCUUCCCCGUAUGUUAAUAAUCUAUCUGCCGACUCUUAUCCUGAAUGUUGCGAGCAAUUCAUCCUCAACUAUUGUGAAACCGCCGCGGGUGGGGAUUACCUUGACAGUGACACUUCAAUCCAACUGAAUAUCGGAAAUAGUGGCAAGACGCCCGAGACCAAGCCUUACAACUCAUUCUUCCCAUUUCUCCAAGAGACAUGUGGGCUGAAUCAGAAUGCAGGGAAAAUCCAACAGGAAGAUUGUAACACAGCCUACAAGUCGAUCCCAAUGAGCGUUGAGGGUCAAUUCCUGAAUGACAAGAACCGAGCGACUGACAGGAUUGCCAAAGAAUACAAAUCAUGUUAUGUCACCAUUUACACAUCGGAUGGAUCAGUAUUAGACGCAACCAAUGGAAACAUUCGCCCCAUAUUUGAUAAAUUGGUCAGCAAGUGCGGUACUCAAUCUGGCGUGGUCAGCAUCAAGGACGGGGCACGGGGAAAGAACGGUAGAGUCUACAUGAAAAUCAGGAACAGCCGCCCAUGUGGCGAACAAGUUUGCAACUAAGCAUGAACAAUGUUGAUCUGGAUCUGAAUAUUCAAUGGUUUCCUUUUCUUGGCUUGAGUUCUGUUCACCACCUUGAUGCUCUAUGUGCCAGAUAUCAUGAUAUCUUGUGUCCCUAGUGACAGUUGAACCCAUCUUUUCUCAUUUCUACUCACCACUAUUGCAACGUGGAUACCUGGACGUUAUGUGGCUGUUGCUGGCUCAAUCAAUUCCAAUUGUGUAUUGAUCAGAAACGAAAUUCCACAAGUUGAAAAAGACAACCAUUUUGAUUCAAG